AUGGCGACGCCACGGCCUAGAGGCGGUAGCGACGAGCUGCUUUCGUCGCCAGACCCGCUCAACGACACCGUCUCCUCCGCCCUCUACCCUUCAUCACGUCGCGUAACUCGAAGUCAGAGAUCACAACGUCUAUUCUCCCUCGGCGGCAGUAGCACUUCGCCUAGAAAGCAAAUGUUUGAGCUCGAGGUUGGCGACGACCGUCAGCCGAAACGGCUGCUAGUGACCGUUGAAGCCGAGGGCGAUUACGAGAAUGUCGGUGUCGGGAAUGUUGGGCGCAGAUUGUUCAACGCAGACACACCCACCCUUAGCCGCGGCGCAUACACAACAACAGUUCCUCUGGCCGGUGAUAGGAAGAACACGGCCGUCAAGACACCCGCGCGGAGAGGUCGACCUCCCAAAUCCGCCGGAACGCCUAAGACCGGUACGGCGACGAAGAGGAGGGCCACAGCUUCUCCACGAAAGACACCAAGACAAGCCCGCAGAGUCAAGACCAUUACCGAUUCAGAUGGCUUAGAAACCGAUAUCACCAUUCAAGGCACACCGAGAUCAACAACUCGUCCCAGACGGGCCACCAGUCGUCCACCGCGCGAAGUUUCCCAAGACCCGGCGCCCUCUACGAUACCCCCCAGCACAACCCGGCGUCGCGGCCGCCCAAAGCGCGUUGAGUUUUCCGAUCAACCUGUGGAAACGGUCGAGGACGAUAUCGACCUUGAUGGCGUGGCGCCUUCUGACGACGGUCUCGCAGCGAGCAUGGAAGACAUGAUUGUAGACGAUCCUACCCCAAGGCGAGAGCUCCCCACGAACCCGAUGCCGGAAUCCGAACCAGAUAUCUGGAUGCAAACAAUGUCAGACCAAGCAACACCGCGCGCAUCAACACAAGACAACCCAAUCGCCCUCAGUCCGACACCAGCUUAUAUGCAAGAUAAGAGCCCGACACCAUCUGAACAGCUUCAUUCAGAGUCUGAGAACGAACCCGCAUACAACGAAUACGAUUUCGCACCGGGUGCGCCUAGCGACAUUUCAUCACUCAUUGGCGACAACGAUGGCAAUGACGAACUCCGCGACCAGGAUACUGUUGCUCAAGGCGAAGAUUUUAGUAUGAUUUUCGCCAACUCUAUUCCCUCCAUGAGGGGCCACAUGAGCAUGCAUGACCUUCGCUCAGAAGAUGUCGGUGAAGAGACUGGCUUGAUCGUCAACCAGACCCUCGAGACUUUAAGGCGAAGCGGUGCCCUGCAUGUUGACGAUGAUGAGGAUGAGAUCGAAAGUAUCCCCGCCAAGCAAUCCUCGCCAGUACAAAAUCCUCCAGCUCAAGAGGAGGAGGUUCAGUUGCAGAAGGAGAAUGAAGCGCAUGUGGACCCAAUCGUGGCCACAGAGGCUGAAGAAAUCGAAUCCCCAGUCGCCCUUCCGUCGUUGCCUCGUCCCGAUCUCCCACCUCCGUCUCUCGCAUUCAAGGAGACGUCACCGAGCAGAGGGUAUCAGUCGCCAGGCGGAGCUAGAAGCAGUCCUCGACGCAAGUCUAUCCCGCUUAGCAGACAGCUUAUGGAGUCCAAGGUCAAGCAGAUGGAUGCGGAGAACUCGAGGCUGGAGGAAUCGAGAAUGGACACCUCGCAGAUUGACAACUCGUUUUCCAGCGUACCCUCAAGAGUUUUGGCUGCAGCGACACCCGGUGCUAAGAGCACCCGGCGGAGCUCGAUGGUGAAUGAGGAGAUGUCUGUCAUGUACGAAGACGACUUCUCUGAGAUUCCGGAAGCCUACUUGGAAGCUGCUACGCCUGGGAGGCCGAAGCUGCCUGGAAUCAAUGACCUUGAGACGCAGCACGAAAUCGAGCAAGAGAUUGGGCGAGAGGUCGACGUCUCUCAGACACGCGAGGAGACCUUGAUGGAAGAAGUACACGAUGAGACCGUUAUGAACGAGGCACAGGAAGAAACCGUCAUGAAUGAAGCACACGAAGAAACAAUUAUGAACGAGGCACCAGAAGAAGAUCAGGGGGAAGAGGACGCCGAGGCUGAAGAGGCAGAAGAGGCAGAGGAAGAGGCUCGUAAGAGUUCACCCAAGUCCGCAGCCCCAUCUAUUGCGAGUGUUUCUUACACUCGAUCAGACUCAGCCAGAAUGCCGACACCAGACGAUACGCCCUCUCCCGCCGAAGUUCCUGUCCCUCAGUCAGACGCCAAGACCAUCGAAGCGGCCCUAAGUUCGCCGACAGCUGCGUAUUCUCAGUUGCCCGAAGAAGCAAGCUCUGAUCUUCCGGUCCCGGACCUGACGGUUGGUCUUCCUGCGGCCUCUAAUGAGUAUAUCACGCCCGUUGCCCCUGUCUCGUCCCCAAUUCCAUCGCCCGAUGUCAACCUCUUGGCGCCUCGCGCAGCAUCACCAGACAACGGAAUUCGCCCUACGCUAUCUCCUAUUGUGAGGGCUGGACGAGCUCUGCAGAGCGUCACGUCUGAUGCUUCAUCGCCUCCCCGCCAGAACUCUCUCGGUAGCCCUUUCAGGCCUACAACAAGCAGCAGUCAGCCUCAGUCUGCCGCGAAAUCGACUCGCAGCUGGACUCAGCCAUUGUCCAACUUGAUCCAGGCCGGAGCUCAAUUCUUUGGUUCCCCAACCCGCGCCGCAGCACAACCUCAGCCUCAACCCCUAGCGCCGCAAUUAACAGGAGAGCCGUUUGAUGACCCAUUCGGCCCCGAGAACGACCACACUGGCCAGCCCAGCUUUAUGGAGGCCUUGAGUAAGAGUAUGCGGACGUCUCCCGCCAGAGAAGAACCCGAGGUCUCGUUCUCAAUGUCGGGAUCGCUUCAAGUCGCUCCAGGCGAUGAAGCCGAUGAGAUGAGCUGGAUGCAAGAGGCUCCUGCCCCACGCGAGCAGCCCUUCGCCCAGUCGCGCUCCUUCCAUUCUAGUACGAACACAGCUUCUAGGUCAAUGCACAGUCGGCGACAGAGUUUUGAGAUUAGUCUCGUUAGUCCAGAUCGUGCCGAGGACACUGAAGUCGAGGAAGAGCAACCCGGAGCAGAAGAUGAGGAGGAGGAUGAUGAUAUUUGGGCCGUAGAAGCAUCGCGUCCGGCUUCGAAUGGAGGCCGUCAACAGUCUUUUGCGAAGCGAUCAGCACCGUCUAUCCCUCCCAGGCGCACAGCUCUUCCUAGUCCCUGGCAGAAACCCGCCGAGCCUACCCCCAAGCAGACGCUGUUCACGCCGGUGGUGUCACGAAACCGCAAGUCAGACUUUGCAGACGGCGAAGUCGAGGACUUCUCGAUGCUUUCUCAACAACAGAGCCGUCAGAAGCAGAUCCCUCAAAAGGCGUUUGAGGUUGCUCAGAGGUCGUCCGCCAAGAAGGAUCUGGCUGCCUUCUUCUCUUCUCCCAAUCUCCUACCUGGAGCAGAGGGCGUCAAGGACGUCUUGGACAAGAAGCGACUGAAUCUCCAAGGUGCUGCUCAGCGCCCUGAGCGGGUUGAUGCCGGCCUCGAGACAAACUCCAUGUUCCCAUCUGUCCCGCAGAAGGCUUUUGCCCCUUCCGCCAGCGGGCGUUCGGAUUUGUUCUCGCCCGCCAAGCCUUCGGCGACCAAGUCUAUCGCUGACACGUACGACUACUCGGAUCCCGUAUCGGCUAUCAAGCCGUCAGUACUCGGGAAGUCGGUCAUGGAUACCCGUCGCGAGCUGUUCGCGUCAACGAACCUCCGCAGUAGCACCAGACACCGGUCCGAGAUCCCAGACUCUCAGCCCAACAUGUCCGACGAGGUAUCGUUCCCCUCUGUACCGCAGAAGAAGAACUUUACGCCCAACGUGGGGGCCCAAAAGAACGCCCAGAACAACCUCUUCAGCAAGGCCCCCUCGGCGGCGCCGGUGCCAUCGUUGACACCGGUGCGGAUGCAGCUCACGCGCGCCGACAUCCAGAAGUGGCAGGAGAGUAGUGCCUCCGCCAUUGCAGAAAGCUCGCCCACUGCAGCCGAGUCCAAGUCGGUGUCAGAGUCCGAGUCGGAGCAGCGCGCCCGCGUCCUCCGGCCGUUGCCCGACAGGAACAUGUCGCCAACAAAGUCGUGCCUGCGAUCCCCGCUGAAGCCCCGCACGCCGGGCCGCGUCGUCGAGUUCACGAGCAGCGUCCUCUCGCCCCUCGCGCAAGCCCAGGUCCGCGCGGAGCGGCGGUUGUCUGCUAGUUCUAGCGGUAGCGCCGCUGCUGCGCAGCAACAGCAGCAGCAGCGCAUCGCUGCCAUUAUGGAGGAGGAAGACAAGGAGAAUGGUGAUGUUGCUGGUGCUGAAGCCACCGUUGUUGAGGAAGACGAGGAGAUGAACGGGGACAUGGAUGUCUCCAUGACCGACGCACCACAAUUAAUGAACGAUGUCCAAAAAUCAGCACUCGUCGAAGAGCAAGAACCCCAGCGUCUGUCGCAGACAAUGUGGUCGCGCGACCACUGGCUGCUCCUAGACGACAUCAUCCAGCUGCGCCGCGAGGGCCCCUUUGACUUUGAGUUCCCCGACGACUUCACCAGCAAGUCGGCCUGGCUACUCGGCCGGUCCGUCAACUCGCACGGCGCCAGCUUGAAGCUGGAGCAGUGGCACCUCGACGUCGUGGACGCGUUCCAGGCCGAGGUGGGCGUGUGGAGCGAGGAGGCGCUCGCCAAGAGGGUGUUUUCGCUCAUUGUUGGGGAGGAGCUUAGGAGGCAGGGGAAGGCUCCCAAGGCUCCUUCGGUUCGGUUUUCGUAA